AUGGAGGACCGCGAAUCAAGCCCAGCGUCGUCGGUCGACUUCUACGGCUCUGACGCGAAUCCUCCCCAGGCGACGGCUGCGCAAAGCGACGCGCCUGUCGCAAAGCGCAAGGCAGAGGAUGCGCCCCAUGAGCGUGAAAAGAAGCGCAAGCUCAGCAGCGCGAAGCCGCUCGUGAAGCUACCACCCGAGUUGUGGCAGCAUGUUUUCUCUUUUUGUUCGCUUGCAGAUCUCGGUCGAUUGAUCCAGGUCAAUCGAUCUUUCCUAUCCUAUCUCACAGACGUGCGCAGUCUGUCGACUUCAAAGUCGCAUCCUGGCCGUCUGCAUCUCCUAAAGUCCGAGUCGUUGUGGGCCUCUGCCCGCAACGCAAUGUGUACCAAGCCCCCGAAGCCGCUCCCAGGCUUCAGCGAGCUGCGCAUGUGGCAGCUGGCUUGGUCCAGGAGAUGUCAGUUCUGCAAUAAGCUUGAUUCUCUGACUCCAGGCGAGCGCGUAUGGCAAAAGGGCCCCGGCAAAGAAGGCGUCCGCGUCAUUUGGCCCUUCGCCAUCAGAGCCUGCGGGCCGUGCCUGCUCAAACAAUGCCAGACGGACGCGAGCCUUCUCUUCUCCGCUGCCUCCGCCCUGCGGCCCGCCCUCCCGUUCGCCCUCCUUACCAGCGACCAGCACUACAUUCCGGCAUACACCCUGCAAUCUGCGAAUACGCCGGCCGACGUCGACAUUGCCAAGUUCUACUACAAGAAGCAUGUCGACGAGAUCACGCAGGAGAUGAACGAGGCCAUCAGCCGUGGCCCUGCAGCAGCUGAGGAGUGGUCCAAAGGACUAGAUGCUCGCGGAAAAGAACGCAUGAAAGUCGCCGAGAACUGGGAACGCUGGGAGGUCAAGAACCUAUGGCAGGAGGAGCACGAGCGUGUGAAGCGCGCUCCGUCUGCAGCUCCCUCGCAUGCCGCCACGUCACACAAGGACCCGUCUAAAUCACCCCCUCGUCGAACUCCCUCUCCCAUAAUUCAUGCUCCGGUUCCAGCGAGUAAGUAUACCUCUGCUGUCUCAUUUGCUGCCACACAUGGCGAUGCCUCUCGAUAUGUCAACAACACCUCUCCAGUCCCCUCCCUAACAGGUGUAGCACCAUCGUCGCAGCAUGCGCAAGCGCGACCGCCUACUGUUCCACCACAGGCUUUCACCCCUUCUGGCCAGAGAAACCUACACGAUGCAAACGAGGCCAAGGCGACCCGGAAGACCGACAUAGAACGCCGGUGUCAGCAAAUGGACCCUCCUAUCGCUUCCAACGUCUUGCGCCACAUGGACUCGUUCAAAGCGGCUAUCCAGAUUUCACAACCAAUGAACGACUACGCAUGGAGUGUGCUCCAACCCCGCUUGAUCGCUCAGCUCCCUGCUGCCCAACAAGCAGAAGCCGACCACGUGGCUCGGGCUGCUUCGUUUCCCACAAAAGCUGCCGACCGCCGCCACACGGACGCCAAUUCCAAGGAGGCCAGAGAAGUCAUGGACCGAGAGUGGGAAGAGUCGCAACGACCCAUCCGCGACAGACUCGAAGCCAUCGCCGACGACUUCAUUAAUCAGAGUUGGGACCAUGGCAGCGCCGUCACUUACGACAACAGCCCAAAGUUUGCGGCCGACCUCCUUGCUCACGUGCGCCGCACAUACUAUGCCGAGGAACCCGAACAGGACUCUGAUCAUCCCGGACAACAUACGCAGCCUUCUACUGACAAUAUGACUACUAGGCCCAGGCUCGUCCUGGAUAACAUGAAAUGGGUGUACGACAAUAAGAUCAAGCCUUUGACAGAACCAUUCCGGAAGGACAUCUUCCUGUGCCAUGGCGGCGGAUGCGAGUACAACAACAAGUACUAUGGUUUUGAGGGCGUCACGCAGCACUACGGAGCCAAACAUACUGCUGCCUUCAGUUCAGGAAACGUGGUUGUUGCAUGGAGAGAAGCCGAGUGGCCGGAGGAGACUCCCUUCCACCCAGAUCCUCUCUCUGUGAAGCAACCUCAACAUGGUCAUCAUCCCUCUUCUAGUACGAACGGGUUUGGUGGCUAUUUUGGCGGAUACUCACGCGCAGGGACAUCAACACCUCACAUGCCAACUCACCAUCCACAGGCGAGCCCUGGUCCUUACAACUAUGGAGGCCAGUACAAUGGACCAUUCGCUCCACCACAGGUUCCUUCUGGCUUCGAGUACCCCCAGCCAUAUGCGACACCCGUGGAUAUGUAUGCACAUCAAGCAAUGGGUCCUCCAGGUUAUGGUGCUCAUGCGGCCCAGAACCCUUACCUGACUUCUCCAGCGAUGAUCAACAAUGCCAUAGCUCCACCACCACCCAACAUGCCACCACCUAGCCAAGGAAUUCCUGAGAUCGCUCCUAGCGGUACAGAAGAUACUGGCCAAAGUACUAGCUCGUUUGACAAGCAAGUAAGUACCGUCAUCGACAUGACCCAGGACAUCUGGAAACGCACCUCAGGGAUCAAAGACAUGCCGAAUAGCCUCCGGAUCUAUGUGUUGCUGCAUCGCGUCAUCUCCAAGUUUCAUGUAGAGUUCAAUCAUGAACCGAACCUGAACCACUUCAUUGAUGCUCUGUCUAAUCAUGAGAUGCCAAAGGCCUUGAAGAAUGCACCAGGUCUCUCAUGCAAAGCUUGUCAGACGGGCGCUUCUCAUAACUUGGGAGGUUCCUUUUACUCCAAGUCGGAGGAAAGAACAACCUAUACUGUUCUCGGCCUGUUAUCGCACUUCAGGAGCCAGCAUCUGCCUUUUCAGCAACCAAUGCCUGGCCACGGAAUGCCUAUUGCCCCUCUGGACUGGAAGGAACACAUGAUCGAGCUUCCAAGCGAACGGUUCAUUUCUGGUCUCAUACACGCCCCAGGCAUGGAUGACGAGAAGCUGCUAAUGAUAGCGACCGUCUUUCCCAGCUUGUUCCCUAUGCCACUGCCUAAGAUCGGCGUGAUUGAUAGCCAUGGAUUAGCUUCCCCAGCCUCGUCAGGACCGAAGGAUUCAGACAAAACGACUGGCCCAGCCGAUGUUGCUGGUGAGGGAAUAGCACGCCCCAAAUCUGUUAUGAAAGCAGCAGAAGCAAAUUCGGCGCUACCACCUAAACCGCUGGAGGCUGGUUAUGAGCCUGUUCGACCAAGCCUUGCUGGCGAAUCGAAUGAGGCGUCGGGCUCCAUGAACAGGAAACGUUCAUAUCGAGAGAGCUCCCCCGCAGAGCGUAGGCAGCACCAUUAUGCUGAGCCGCGAUACUAUGAUUACACCGGCCGCCGAACAGCGUUCCGCGAGCAAGAGCGAUUCUAUGGACCACCCGAGGACGUGGUCUACGCACAUCCGCGGGAAGGAAGCCACGGCAGUCGGGAAUACAGUGCCUAUCCCCGCCAGGCUCGAUACUAUGAAGAAGAUGAUCAUCGGCCCGAAUACCGGUUCAUGAACGAGCGUCAGUCAAGGGAUGCCAGUCCACCUCAAGGGCAAUCUGCAGCAGAUCGGUUCCUAGCAGAGAACGAACCCCCACAACCACAACCACAGUCCGAAGUAGACGCUGCUGCACCAGCGCAGGAAAACGGGGAUGGGCCUCGUUACACGCCUCCGCCUCCAGAAGCUCCUGCACCAGCAGAUGCAACAGCACCUGUUCGCCCACUUGCGCCCCCACAUCCUCGAGCUCCUUCCACUGUUUCCAACAACUCCCGAUAUGACGACUAUCAACCUAACGGGUAUCGGAUGCCAAUGUCUGGACCAAGCGGUCCGCCACGAAGGGCUGGACCUCAACGCCGAAGAGAUCGGCCUAACGAUAACCGGGGACCGUCUCGAUAUCAGCGAUACAUGAGUGUUGCGCGGGAAGAUCCCUAUGGACGUGGUUCCAGCAUGAGCCGAUCGCAAAGCCGGAGAUAUGAAGAACAAAAGCGUCGCAUCGAUCAACAAGAAACACCGCAGCCCAAUGCUGAGCCUGACUACGAGCCUGCGUAUUCUCGAGAGCACAGCCUUGAUCAGUCUGUACAAGAUGAAGGGUUCUAUCCACCUGCCCGCCGUCAUCCCCGCGGGUACGUCUCUGUGCAAGACCGUCUGCAUCCACAUGCACACGGGUACUCACCACCACGAUAUCGUUACGAUGAACCACGCGGUCCACAACCAGUUUAUGUUGAUGAGUACGGGCAUCCCAUGCAUGACUACGAGGUCAUUCGUGUACGUGGUGACACCAGGUAUCGGGCCCCGUAUAUGCCACAUCAGCCUCACCGAUAUGAACAUGACUCAUAUGGAUACGUCCCAGUCCAAUACGAGAGGCCUGCACCACAGAGAUACAAUAGUCGCCCUGACGACUAUAUGUACUACGAAGAAAGGGAGAGACCCUUGCCUAGGCGAGCGGCGCCGGAGGCAGAGAGUGAUGUAUACGAGCCGCCGCAACCAGAAAUCAAGGUGGAAAGCGUGCCUGUGCCCAUGCCGCCGGAGGCGUCUUGA